AAAAAAAAAAAAAAAAAAAAACUAAAAUCCACUCAUCAAAGAGAAGCCCAGGCGGCGGUGCCACAAUCGCUAACAGCGGCGACCCUGGGCGACUGUGAGGGUGCGAACAAGAAGAGCUCUUAGGUUUUCAAAACCAUUAAUCGUUGCUGCUUAUUUGAUUUGUUUGAGCAAUUAUGAACAAUGUUGCUGAAAGACCGCUUAACGGAGACGUAGAGGAUGAUGAUGAGGAUGAUGGUGGAGGCCUUGAAGCCUGGGAGAGAACUUAUGCUGAGGAUAGAUCAUGGGAGGCUUUGCAAGAGGAUGAAUCUGGACUUCUUCGCCCCAUAGAUACUACUGCCAUUUACCAUGCCCAAUAUCGCAGGCGCCUUCGUACCCUUGCUGCCACAGCAGCUACUGCACGGAUUCAGAAGGGGCUUAUACGAUACCUGUACAUUGUUGUUGACCUGUCCAAGGCAUCUUCAGAGAGAGACUUUCGACCUAGUAGGAUGGCUGUGAUGGGGAAACAGGUUGAGGCAUUUAUCAGGGAAUUCUUUGAUCAGAAUCCACUUAGUCAUGUUGGUCUGGUGACUAUAAAAGAUGGGAUUGCUCAUUGCAUAACAGAACUUGGUGGCAGUCCUGAGUCUCACAUUAAAGCUUUGAUGGGUAAACUGGAAUGCUCAGGUGAUGCCUCCUUACAAAACGCACUGGAGCUUGUUCUUGGAUAUCUAAAUCAAAUCCCAUCAUAUGGUCAUCGAGAAGUUCUGAUCUUAUAUUCAGCUCUCAGUACAUGUGAUCCUGGUGAUCUCAUGGAAACCAUCCAGAAAUGCAAAAAGAGUAAAAUAAGGUGCUCAGUCAUUGGUCUUGCAGCUGAAAUGUUUGUUUGCAAACAUCUCUGCCAGGAAACUGGAGGGACUUAUUCUGUUGCACUAGAUGAGUCCCACUUUAAAGAGUUGAUCCUAGAGCAUGCACCUCCACCUCCAGCAAUAGCAGAGUAUGCUACUGCUAAUUUAAUUAAGAUGGGUUUCCCACAACGAUCAGCUGAGGGUUCUGUCGCAAUAUGCACAUGUCAUGAAGAGGCCAAGACCGGAGGGGGAUACACUUGUCCAAGAUGCAAAGUUCGUGUCUGUGAGCUUCCCACUGAAUGUCGUGUGUGUGGAUUGACCCUUAUUUCUUCACCCCAUUUGGCAAGGUCAUAUCAUCAUCUAUUUCCUAUAGUGAUGUUUGAUGAGGUCACUCCAUCAUCUCAAAAUGAUUCAAACCGCAGUUUUCCCAAUACUUGUUUUGGUUGUCAACAAAGUCUUCUUAGUCAGGGAAACAAGCCUGGACUUUCUGUUAUUUGCCCAAAAUGCAAGCAACAAUUCUGCCUCGAUUGUGACAUCUACGUUCAUGAGAGCUUACAUAACUGCCCAGGCUGUGAGAGUUCCAGGCACUCUAAGUCUGUAACUGCUUCCCAAUGAUUGCCAAUCUUCUGCCUGUGACUUAAAAUUUCCAUAAAAAUGGCGUUCUACAUUGUCUCCUUCAUAUUGCUAUACUGCAUCCACCCACUGGACCCAUGAAUAAGUUCCGGUGCCAAGUGACUGACUAACAUUAUCAUCUGCUCAUUGAUCACAAUAUUUUGGUGCUUGAUCAGUAAAUGCUUUGCAGGACAGACAACAGAAGUGAUAUUACUUAUACAAGGGUGAGAUUAAACCAACAACUUCUGAUCAUUUUCCUUCUUUUGUUUUUUUGCUGGAAAUUAAGGCACAUGUAAAAUGUCUCCAUUGUGUUUUUUUCAAUCAGUGGGCUGACACCAUUCUUGCUGGCGAUAAAUAUUGAUCAUUAAAUUAUUUGUAUGAGAUAUUUACGCGUGUUUUGCUUUUAACAAUCGCAGUUGUGAACUUCUGACUUCA